AGCGCGUUUCUUUCUUCGGUAGGUUGCCAGCAUUCGAUGCAGGGAAGAAGUGACGUUUCGCGUGGAGAUUUUUAUUCGGCUCCAUUUUCGUUGUUCUGUCCGGAAUUGUGAAGGAAAAGUGCUCCGGCCCGAUCAAAACGAUUUCCCGUUGAUUUCGAUCCAAGCUGAAGGAAUCUCCCCGUCUGGAAAAAAGGUCUCGCAUCGGAAUCCCUGGCAUCUAAGUCACCAGCAUGUCUCGAGGAGUUCUCACGAAUCCCACCAACCACCGGGACUAUGGCGCCACUUCAUCAAGUACAAAUGCGAUCCACUCGAUACCGGAUGUCAACUUCUCAGGAUUCAGCCCGACCGAGUUCAUGUCUCUUAGCGAAAACAUCGCGCACAACAUCAAUACCGUGAAAAGCAGUUGGCAACAGCUGGAGCGAGCGUUCAAGGUAAUCGGGACGAACCGUGACACGCAGUCGACCCGCGACAAGGUGCAUCACAUCCAGGCACAAACCAAUAUAAAGAUUCAGGCGACGAGCAAGGAUCUGCAGCGACUGGCGACUGUGGUCCGGCGCGGGGACAAGCAGCAGAAGCUGCAGGUAGAGAAGCUCACAUCGGACUUCCGGACCGUCGUGGAGAAGUACUCCACGAGCCAGCAGCAGAUCGCGACGAAAAUGAAGAAGAUCUUCCUGCAAUCCGUGCACGCGCAGCAGCAGGAUGAGGAAUCUGCCUCGGGAGUGAACACUAUGAGCGCGGCGGACCGCGAAGAAUUGAUCCAGCGACAGAAGCAGUUGCAGGCCGGUUUGCAGUUCGAGCAGGAUAUGGUUCUGGACCGGGAGACGCGGAUCAGGGAGAUCGAGGCGGACGUGCUCGAUGUGAACGAAAUCAUGCGCGAGCUGAGCAGUUUGGUGCAUCAGCAGGGCCAGAGCAUCGAUACUAUCGAGAGCAGUAUCGAUCACACCUGUGCGGACGUGGAGGCGGGCACCUCGGAGCUAAUGAAGGCGGCGCAAUACCGGCAGCGGUACCGCCGCAAGGUUCUCAUAUUGUUGGUAAUUGCUGUGAUAAUAGGUUUAAUAGUAACGGGAAUAAUUGUCUCCCAGCUGAAAAGUUAAGCUGUAACAAACAAAUAUUUAAUUAUUUUAUUAUAUUAAAGAUACAAACAAAUACAAAAUACUAUACACUAAU